CGUGAUGACAUUGAGGAGUUGGUCUUAACACUUUAUAAAGCUUCCCCGUUGGUGGUCUGCCACUGUGAAAUAGACGACUGUUAACUUCUGAUAGGCGCUGGAAAAUCCCUGUGUCUUCGGCACUACAGCAAAAAACAUGAGUGAGAGACAAGGAUCUGGAGCAACGGGAGGCAACAGCAAGACCGCUGGGGACCAAGACGCUUCCAAGAAGGACGUCCCGGCGGAGGACUUUGACAUCGACAUGGACGCCCCUGAGACUGAGAAGGCAGCGGUCGCCAUCCAGUCCCAGUUCAGGAAGUACCAGAAGAAGAAGACCGACGACAAGUCCUAGUUGCCGCGGCGACGAUGCGGCGGCGGCGUGCCCGUGGGCCAUGGCGACGGCGAUAAUGACGAUGGCCAGGGCGGCCGCCGCCACGGGCCAGUGAGCUGGCACGGCGUGAUCCUGCAUGUAAAAGAAUUUAUCCUGUACAGACUCCACAGGCUGGGGGCUCCGAACCAGG